UAGGGGCAACAAGGCGGGACUGGCGUCAUCAAAUGCCAAUAAAAAACGGCUCCACGAAAAUUUAAUUUUGCCCAGAUCCCCGAAUGCACUGGUGCCCAGAUCUCCGAAUGCACUUGAAAGGUCGAGAAAGCGUCGUUUUCAGGCUUUGUUCUCUGAGCACUGAACUUAAAAUAAGCAUUGUGUACUUCCAUGCGCUAGAGCCCCGCUCUCGCACUGUCUUCCCUAGAGACCCUCUCAUUCUCAUCCCAUCCUCCCCCCCCCCCCCCCAUUCCUUUCCACCCGGUCUGGCGUCUGCACCGCACAUGUUGUGUUCGCGAGCUGAGAGGCGAAGAAGCAACAACUGUGGGACUCGAUUCACUUGGGAUUGUGCCGUGCGAGACGGAAGGUAAAGCAUUUGUGAGGUUUGAAACCAUCUGCUGGUUGGACUCGCUGCCGCACCCUCGCUGUCACGACUGAGCGAAGAAAAAUGGCUGGCGGUGGAGGAGAAAAUGAUACCUCUACUGAAAAUGGUCUUGUUACACCCAAAGAUGGAAAUAAAGGUGAUUGGGAAGGUGAUAAAGUCCAAAUGAAGAAGCAGUUGGGCUUGCUGGAAGGUGUUGCCAUUAUUCUUGGAAUAAUAUUUGGUUCAGGUAUCUUCAUAUCACCCUCUGGGGUCAUGGAAGGUGCUGGGUCUGUGGGUUUCUCCUUGGCUGUGUGGGGUAUGUGUGGACUCAUGUCCAUGGUUGGUGCCUUGUGCUAUGCGGAACUUGGUACAUCCAUCCCCAAGUCUGGUGGUGAUUACACAUACAUUUUUGAGACAUUCGGACCUCUUCCUGCUUUCCUCUACCUGUGGGAUGCCAUGCUGAUCUUUGUGCCGACUACAAAUGCAAUCAUGGGGCUGACUUUUGCCAGAUAUGUCAUUCAGCCCUUUUUUCCCAAUUGUUCUGCUCCUGAUGAUGCUAUUAGGAUUUUGGCUGCAGUAACUAUAUGCUUUCUGACAUGGAUAAAUUGCCAUGGUGUGAAGUCAACAACAAAAUUGCAAAAUGUAUUCAUGUUUGCAAAGAUUGGUGCUCUUUUGACAGUUAUAGUUGCUGGAAUAAUUUACCUGCUCCUACCUGGUGGAACAAGCAAUUUUAACAACAUGUUUGAAGGAACUAGCACAAGUGUUUCCAAAGUGUCUGUUGCAUUUUAUGCUGGUAUAUUUUCAUACUCUGGCUGGAAUUAUCUCAAUUUUAUGACUGAAGAAUUAGUCAACCCAUAUGUGAACCUACCCCGAGCCAUCUACAUUUCCCUGCCUGUUGUGACAUUUGUCUAUGUUCUUGCAAAUGUAGCAUAUCUGGCCGUACUCCCAUCUUCAGAAAUGAUGUCGUCCACAGCUAUAGCUGUAUCUUUUGCAGAUCGUGCAUUGGGACCUGCUUCUGGAAUAAUGCCAUUUAUGGUUGCUCUUUCUGCUUUUGGAGGAUUAAGUGUUCACAUUAUGACAUCAUCUAGAAUGUGCUUUGUUGGAGCUCGUCACGGCCAUUUUCCCGCAGUAUUAUCUCACAUCAAUAUUGAUCGGUUUACUCCUGUGCCAAGUUUAGUCUUCCUUUGUUUAUUAUCCCUCAUCAUGUUGUGCUCAAGCAAUGUGAAUGUCCUCAUUACUUACUCAAGUUUUGUAGAGUCUGCCUUUAUCAUGCUUUCUGUUAGUGGUAUUCUCUGGUUGCGUUACAAGAGACCUGACAUGGAGAGACCCAUAAAGGUUUCUGUGUGGAUUCCAAUCUUCUUUGUCCUUGUGUGCUUAUUUUUGCUCAUUGUGCCGUGCUAUGAAGCUCCUUACGAGGUGGGAAUGGGUGUUCUCAUCACGGUGACUGGCAUCCCAGUUUAUCUCAUCUUCAUUGCUCACGGCAAAAGACCCCUUUGGUUCACAGAUGCCAUGGAUGGCUUUACCCACUGUAUUCAGAAGUUGUUCCUCUCUGCCAAAGAAGAAGACUAAAAUGAAAAGAAACUGACCGCUUUGACUAAGAAACUCUUGUAGAAAACUGAAGAUUGUGGUAUUGUGGCAGGAAAAGCAUGAUGAUAGAAUUGUAUUUUUGUCAUGGUCCUUGUGCCUAUUGUUUUAAUUAGCCUUCACAUUUUAAGACUUUUUUUUAAAAGCCAAAUACUUGUUUUGUACCUUUUACCUUGUGUCCAUUAAUCAGAAUCUCCUUAUUUUUUUCAUAGCAAAAUAAUUGAAUGUAUUUUCUUGUACUUGACUUACUAUUUCUGGAUUUUUCUCCCUGAUGACUGAAAUAGAAGUAAUAUAUGCUCUCUUUAAAGCUUUCUGCCACUCACCUUGCCUUAUCCUAUGUGAUUGUAGUAAGCCAACAUUACAAAUUGAAGUUGGUAGGUAGUUAGAGCUUGUUGUACUGGACACAAUGGUAGAUGUUUUGUAUUUUCUCUGAAAACUAAGACUGUUAUGAUAUGACCUAUGUCAUAAACUGUAAAGCUGUUAUUGGAAGUCACUCACCCCAAUACAGUGCACCUAACCAUAAUUUGCCUCUUAGGUCUAGCUUUUUAUCAGAGACAAUUUGUUUAAAAUCUCCCUUAUUUCAUGCUAUUUAACCAAGACUUUUUUGAUAAAAAUUUUUACACAUGUCAUGGUUUAUAACAUAACACAGUGCCUUAUCACAGCCAUUUAAGUCUCUAAAACAUUGAUUUUUGUCAUUUUUGUACAGUUUUAGGCAGUAUUCUAAUUUAAGUAUUAGUGAAUUACUUCAUCGGAGUUUGGAAUUACCUUGCCAGUAUUGGUUUAAAGUACUUACAAAUACUUCAGUAUUAUGAUUUAUGUUUAUUGAUAUGUAGGAUAGUCACUGGUACAUAUGUUUCUGCUCCCUCAAUUUGAAAACCAAAGAAGUUUUUGUCUUUGGUUAUCUUUCAAGCAUUUGUCUUCCUGUUCAAUGUGUAGCUUUUCUUACCUCAUUUUUAAUAUUAUGUGAUACAGUUCCUCAAGUUAUAUGCCUAACUGUAUACCCACAGCUGUUUGUAAAAUAAUGUUUUGUUUUGUUCUCUCAAUCUUGUUAAGUUUUCCUUGCGCCCUUCAUUGUCAGAUAACUUGCUCAUCAGAAAGAUUUUGUUGAAAAUAAACUUUUCUCAAAAUAC